AACAGAGGCUCCUUCAAAGAAAAUUCAGAUGAAUAAGGCAAAGCAGGACGGCGAAAUUUUAUUUUGCCGGGGCGCCAAAAUGUCUGGCGGCGGCCCUGUUGAAAAUAAAACUGAAAUAUGAGGUGUUAUUUGCGAUCACAAAAGAUAAAUAGUGUUUCUCAAUUUCUUCUUGAAUUUUGGGUGAAUCACAAAACUUACACUAGAAACGCCAAGUGACAAAAGAAAUAGUCAUGAAAACCAAAAAUCUACUCUUUCCUCAUAAAACGAUUAUUCCACAACAUUAGGUUCAAAUUUAAAAAUAAUCAUAUCGACGACCCUCUUUAACUCAAGUAAAACUGAAAGACAUUAACGAAAAUUUCCUGGUAAUAAUCAAUGCAUUCCUAGAAAAGACCCACCUCUCUUACCAGGCUUCAUCACAUGGUUAGGUCUUUAGCAAGAGUAGGGGAGAAUGCAAAAAGCAUUAUAUUAUGCCCGAUUCUGUCCGUCUAGAAUAGUGCAUGUUUUGUUAGUGGGAUGAAUGAACGUGAAAGGGUGACUAGGGGAGACAUAUAGUAGGCGCACACAAGACCUAGGAAAGUGAGAGUUGUCACGCACAAAGUUUGAUUGGACUGCUGCCAAUCGAUAUCGAAAGAUUCACCCCAGUCUGGCUGGACCAAGUGCUACUACCCUUGCUGCAUAUUUAUAUCGUUUCUCCGUGAAGAACGCACACAAGGAAACUUAGCAGUUUUAGAUACAAGAUGACCGAGCCGUUUGAUGAAAAAGACCUGGAAAUCCUAGAGCAGAUCAAGAAUACUUCAGCUAAAGUUUCAAUGUAUCCCGAAAGACUGAGGAUGGCACAACUGAUAGCUUUUGACCAACGUCGACUCCGUGGGGAUCUUGUCAUAUCUUUCCGUAUAGCCAAGUACAAUUAUGCUAACCAUAGAGAACUUCUCAUCUUCAACAAUGAUCCGCGGUUGAGAGGUCACACUUUCAAAUUGAAAAAGGAAAAGUUUGCCACAAGACAGAGACAAUAUUUUUUGUUCAACCGUAUAUUCGAGACAUGGAAUGGCUUACCUGGUGAUGUAGUGAAUUCUGACUCAGUGAAUAGUUUUAAAAACAAAAUAGACAGUUGCUUAUUUGGUUAAUUUGUUUCUAUGCAUAUAAUAAUUGUUUUUUUUUUCUCUGCAUGCAUUCAGUCAGCUUAUUGAUUUCUUUGGUUUUUAGGCUUACAUAGGACUUAGACCUCAGCCUUCAUUUAUAUGUAAUAAUAAUAAUAAUAAUAAUUCUUCUUGAGAAAGUUUCAUUUCUCUUGUAGAUUUAUUAAAGUCAAUUUCGAUGCCUAAAUACCUUUUAACAUUUCCUAGAUCUUUCAUUUUAAAUUGAAUUUUGAAUUCACUUUUAAUGCUCUCAAUGAGUUCUUUAUCUGGACCACAGAUAAGUAAAUCGUCAACAAAAAGUAUGCAACAGAUUUCUGAUUUCACAUUACAGUACAAACAUAAGUCAUGAUUACUUCUAGUAAAUCCCAGUUUCGUAAUAAAAUUAUUGAAAUGGUCGUACCAGUUCCUUGGCGACUCACGUAGACCAUAUAAAGAUUUUUUUAGAUGAUAGACCAUAUUUUCAUUUUUAAUAAAACCGUCGGGUUGACUAACAUAAACUUCAGAUUUUACAUCACUGUUCAAAAAUGCAGUUUCUUCAUCCAUAUGAUGCACA